GCCGUGAACACUUCAGGUGAGAAGAGAAAGUGAAAAUAAAAGUGUUCCUGUUUAAUCUUCACCAAAACUCUCAUCGACAGAAUUUAUUCUCACACUUCAGACGAUUGUAAACACAUCAAAUGUUGAGCUGAAGGUCUUUGAGCAGCUGUGUUUUGGAGUGAUGGAGUUCAUUUGUGUGAUUCUGCUGGUUUUUGCUGGAAUAACAGAUUCAGGAGCAGAUGAGUACGAGGUGAUUGGACCUUCAGCUGUGAUGACUGUAUCUGGUGAAGAUGUGAUUCUGCCGUGUUCUAUCAAACCCAACAUCAGUGCUGUGAACAUGAGAGUCGAGUGGAUCAGACUUGAUCUGAAAGACUCAAUAGUUCAUCUGUAUAAAGAUCAUAAAGACAUAAACACAGAUCAGCUUCAGUCGUACAGAGGAAGAACUCAAGUGUUUAAAGAAGAACUAGAGAAAGGAAACACAUCACUCAAACUCUCAAGAGUCCAAAUCUCUGAUGAAGGACUUUACAAGUGUUUCAUUCAGUCUGAAUCCUGGAGUGAUGACAUCACUGUUAAUGUCACUGUUGAAGCUGUAGGCAGUGUUCCAGUCAUCACUGUAGAUGGGUUUGAUGGUUCUGGUGGUCUUCAUCUACAGUGUGAAUCUAAAGGCUGGUAUCCUGAACCUGAUCUUGUGUGGCUGAACAGUGAAGGAGUCACUUUAACAUCUGAAUCUCCAGACACACACAGAGAUGACACAGAUGGAUUCAGUGUGAAACACAAGAUCACUGUAUAUAACACUGACACUAAAUAUCACUGCAGAGUCAGAAUGAAUCAUCACAUGAUGGAGGCUGAGAUCAUCACAUCCAGUAAAAUGUUUCACUCUUGGAGAUCUUCAGUGAUUCUGAUAUCAGUUGCUGUUGUUCUCAGUGUGAUCGCUGGAAUACUGAUCAGUGUGUUUGUCUGGAAACAGAGAGAGCAUGAGUUAAUUAGACAGAGAGAGAAGAGGACUGUAGAAAUUGUGACUUCACUGUUAAGAAACUCUUCAGUGAAUGUGACUCUGGAUGCUGAUUCAGCUCAUCCUCGUCUCAUUGUGUCUCAUGAUGGGAAACAAGUGAGAUAUGAAGAACAACAACAAGAAGGAGUGAAGAAUGAAGAUACAGGACAAAAUAACAAGUUUGAUGAAUGUCUCUGUAUUGUUGGAAAUGAAGGAUUCUCUUCAGGGUGUUUUUAUUAUGAGGUGCAGGUGAAGGGGGCAGAUAGAUGGUAUGUGGGUGUGACCAGAGAAUCUGCUCAGAGGAAGGGACGGUUCAGACUGAAUCCUCAGAAUGGAUACUGGACUGUGGAUUUGAUUUCCGGGAAUUAUUGUGCUAAUGAGAAUUCAUUUGUUCUUCUUUCUCUGAGUGUGAAGCCUGAGAGGAUCGGGGUGUUUGUGGAUUAUGAGAAGGGUCGAGUCUCAUUUUAUGAUGUGAAGUCCAUGUGUCAUAUUUACUCUUUUACUGAUCAAUCUUUCACUAAGAAACUAUAUCCUGUUUUAUCUUUGGGUUAUGAAUCAUAUAACAGCCCUGGUCCACUCAUCAUCUGUAGUGAUCUCUCAUGAGAUCUGAUAAACAUCUGAUCUGAAUAUAAAGUGAGGAGAGAAUAACAGACAGAGAUCAGAAUAAACAUUUUCAUGAACAACAGGAUCUUGUGAUUAUAAAUUCAGUAAACUCAGAAAUAAUCUCUCUCUUUAAUGUCUUUAUUCUUCAUGACUCUUCUGUCUCAUUCUUAAUUCUUCAUUAAAUCUUCAGCAAGUUUUCUUCCAAACAUUCACUUCUGUUCAAAAGUCUAGAGUCACUCAUUCUUUACAUUUUAGGAUAAAAGUAAACUUUCAAAAAUAGGUUUUCACA